AGGGACAGAUCACGUGACUCUCUUGGUAGCGAGCAUCAUGGCGGACAUGCAUGUGGGGCUCCAAAACAAACUCCAACGAUACUACAGUUAGCUAGUUACGACAACAAAUAACAGCAUUGUACGACUUUUCUGUGGCGAGUUGGGCCACCGGUGCCCGAAAACACCGCAUUAUGGACGGGGAAAAUAAGCUUAAUUUCCCGUCCCUACCUGCCUCUAAGGAGGACCAACUGGACUGGGCGUAUCCAAUGAGGCGAGAAAUGCAGGAAAUCUUACCUGGCCUGUUUUUAGGCCCUUAUUCAGCUGCCAUGAAGAGCAAGCUGCCCACCCUUGAAAAGCAGGGAAUUACUCAUAUUGUUUGUGUCAGACAAGAUAUUGAAGCCAAUUUCAUAAAGCCAAAUUUUCCACUGAAAUUUAGAUACCUUGUCUUAGAUAUUGCCGACAACCCUGUGGAAAAUAUUAUUAGGUAUUUCCCAAUGACUAAAGAAUUUAUUGAUGGAAGUUUACAGUCUGGAGGAAAGGUACUUGUUCAUGGAAAUGCAGGAAUAUCCAGAAGUGCUGCCUUAGUAAUCGCCUACCUUAUGGAAACAUUUGGUGUAAAAUACAGGGACGCGUUCAGCCAUGUUCAGGAGAGGAGGUUCUGCAUCAAUCCCAACGUGGGCUUCGUGCAUCAGCUGCAGGAGUAUGAAGCAAUCUACCUAGCCAAACUUACCAUCAAGAUGAUGUCGCCAAUCCAGCUGGGCCGUUCCUUCUCCUUGCAAGCUGGGAUGCCAGGGAGCCUGAAGCGAACGCUGGAGGAGGACGAGGACUUUGGGGGCAUGCAGGUCACAGCGGCGCAGAACGGAUAGGGCUGGCACAGAGGAGCCAUUCACUGCAAAGGACUUAUUUUUACAUUUUUAUUGGAACUAAAAAAUAUAAAAUAUUUAAACUUUUCUAAUGGGAGGGAGGGGGGGAUUGCUCCUGACGUCUGAGACCUCUGGGGCUGGGGAGAAAUUUGAAAAGUGAAGCUUUUUGUUUCUUUUUUUUUUUUUAGUUGAUAGCACUGAUUUUUGUUUGGCCUUUUCUUUCUUUUUUUGCAGUUUUAUAGUAUUUAAAGCAUUUUGCAUUUGCAGCGGGACAGUAUUGCAAUAAUGCAUUUUUGAUACUUGAAUUUUUUUUUUUUUUUUGGGCAGGAUGGAGUUUAUGGUAUAAGGGAAGGAGGCAGAAGGUUAGUGCUCUGGGUGGAUUGUUUGAGGAUGUAUAUUUUGGGGUGCCAGAGAGGCCGGGGAAUGUUCUAGAAUACGACUAAAAACACACCGCAUGAGAGCGGCCACCCCUUCAGAGGCCAGUGACACCUGGCUGUGCCGUCGCUGUCGUCCUUGGGCGGGGGCAGGGGUUGGUUGGCGCUGUGGCCAUUUGGCAGGUGAUUGUUGAUCCUUGUCAAAUAGUCAGUUAUCAUGAGGGACGCUUCAUUGAACGUGGGGGAAGAAAAUGCUUGCUGGGGGAAUAAAUAAGCUCUUGCUCACACGAGAAACACUAACCAGUUUUUCAAAGUGUUUAGUUUCUUGCCACUAGGUUUAACCUUUCCUUCCUGAGUCUUGAGCACCAGUAAGGAUGCUAGCUAUAUAAAACAUCUGCCAUUACACUGAGAAAUUGCGGGUUAAAUCCUGAGCGCACGGUGGUCGUUUGUCAGAGUGGCGAGAACACGUCUCCUGUGCUUUGCAUCUGCAGAAAGGUACGGUUCUACGUCAGGAGUAUGAAACCUGUUCCGAAGGACUGUCGCGUGUGCAGGUCUCCUGUUUCGUCCGACUCCUCUGUGGCUCAAUUUGUCUGUACAUCUACGGUCUGUGCCUGCUAUGGCCCCAAAAUAAAUCCCCAAAGGAUUUCCUCCAACAUCGUCUCCAUUCUAACUGUUGUUUAAAAAAAAAAAAAAAUAAAUUGAAAAAUUCCGAUAGGUGAGAAUGAAAUACUGUAGUCUCACGUAUUGAGAUGGGACACCGGCAUACAGGUGGCCCUGUAAGAAGUGGGUUUCAUACUCCUAAAAUGUAGAUUUGUCCACAUAAAGCAAGUAGAGGCUAUUUAAACAGUGCAGUGCCAUUGCUUUCUUCGACGACCUUGCUGGCUUGUUUCUUUUUUUUAAGUGGUGUUUUAUUACUGGGUGCAGGCCGUUUUGGCAAGUGUUUCUGCUCAUUUAACAGAGUGAAGCUCAAUAGCAUGGGAAUAACCUGGGACAAAGCAGAGGCUCAGCUGAAAGGUAUACCAUUACUAGAACAUAACAUGGUUGCCAAACUGAAGUAUUGUGUGGCUCAUAUGGGGGGAGGGGAUAAUCUUUCACUGGUGCUGAAGUGCAGUGGCGUUUUGGAAGGUUUUCACGCAUGCAUGCAUUUUAAUUCUACGGAAAGCUGUUCACCAUGGUGGGUUGUAAUUGCUCGCCAGUUUAAAAUGUCUGCCCUGUAGUUGAAUACAUUGGGGCGGGUGAGAUUAUUGCAAUGCCACACUAUUUAGAGGCAGAAUAAAAGCAAGGGUUUUUUUUUGUUGUUUUUCUUUUAAUAACCCCAACAUUGGUCUGCAGCAAGAAUUGUAUAUAAUAGGUGCGAGACUGUAAACCAAACUAAAAAAUAUUUAUUAAAAAUAAAUGAUUUUUGCUUUA